CAAUGCUUGCCAACACCGGUUCUCAAAACCAAUAUGAUAUUUUACAAAAAACAACUGUGGACCGAUAAUAAAACAAUAAGAGAUAUCAGACAAAAGACAACAUAUUGUUACAUAUGGCAUAAAGCUCUUGGUGAACAUAGGUCAAAUGAAGUUGCAUCAAUAGUUGACAAAUAUAUUGAAGAUAAUUUAACAAAUAGCAUUGAACAUUUAAUUACGUAUUCAGAUACUUGUUCUGACCAGAAUAUAAACGUAGCAUUGAUGUGUAUGCUUGCAGUAAAACUCAUUCAUCAUUAA